UUUGUCAGAAACAUAACCUAAAAAUUGUGAAUUAUCAAAAUAAACAAAUGCUAGACAGAUUUUGUUAGAAUUUUUUUUUGAAGUAGUUUAAUAUAUAGUUUAAUCAAGAUUAUGAGUGUGAAGAACACAGCGGGUGAAAAUUUAAAAAGUAAUUAUUUAGCAGCAAUUCAAGAAUUAGAGUUUUCGAAAGACGAUGAAAAUCAUUUUAAAGCAAUUGACAUUGAACGAAGAUGUCUUUUUAUGAAAUAUUCCGUUGCACAAAAAUUAGAUUCGCAGGACACGGCGGCAGCAAUAUUAUCCCCAAAUCUCGAGAAUAUAGGUGAAAAAGUGGACAAUAUGAAAGGCAUUAAUAAUUAUUGGUCACAAUUCAAGGAAUUGAGCAUUAAAACGGACAACGAUCCGAAACAAUGGAAAUCAACAUUAACAGAACCUCAAACAAUGUUAAAGAAUUUAAAACCCCUCUCUUGUCAAAAGGACAAUCGACAAUCGUGUGCAAAAAAGGAAUUCAGCGAUCGGCACAUUGAAAAAUUAAUAGAUUUAUUACAAAAUAAAAAUUCCACGAGAAAUCGAAAAAUACCAAAAGUUGAGGAAAAAGCGGAGAGAAAUGGCUUUGAAUCAAGAAGCAAUAAUUUACCAACAUCUUCAGAAACAAAACUCAAUUUUGGAAGAAUCAACAAUGAGAAGAAAUUAAUUGCAGAGCGAAAUUUUGAAAUGAAACUGAACUCGAAGGCUGAUAGUAAUAGUAAAUUUGUACCAAAGGUUCAAGUUAAGAAAUCGUAUUUUAAUCAGAAAACAGAGAAUAAAGUUGGAAAAAGUUGGUCGAGUGUACCGAAAUAUAAUAAUCGAAGGAAUUUUCCACCUGAAUCAUCGUCGGAAGACGAAGUGAAAUCGAAUCCAAUGAAUGCGUUUAAAACGGCGAGAGUUGAAUUAAUGGAACAGGAGGCGAAGAAAAAUGGACAGAAAAAAACGCUUGGAAUUCAUGGUAGAGGUGGUGCGGUUAAUUCGAGAUUUGUUUGUCCAAUGAAAGCCGAUGGCGAUGAGGAAAUGGAGAAUGUACCGGAGGAAUGUCAACAUGAAUUACUGAGGAACAUUGAACCGAAAAUGGUCGAGCAAAUUAAGAACGAAAUUAUGUAUUCGGGGACAAAGGUGACUUGGAACGAUAUUGCCGGUUUGGAGUACGCGAAGGGAGUUAUUCAAGAGGUGGUGGUGAUUCCAAUGCUGAGACCUGAACUAUUCACUGGAUUGCGUCAACCACCGAAAGGAAUUUUACUUUUUGGACCACCGGGAACGGGAAAAACGCUCAUUGGAAAGUGCAUCGCUUCGCAGAGCAAGUCAACGUUCUUCUCAAUUUCCGCCAGUUCAUUGACGUCCAAGUGGAUUGGCGAGGGAGAAAAAUUGGUUCGAGCACUAUUCGCCGUAGCGCGCAUCCAUCAGCCCUCAGUAGUAUUCAUCGACGAAAUUGAUUCCCUCCUGUCUCAGAGAUCAGAAACCGAACACGAGAGUUCAAGACGAAUGAAAACGGAAUUUUUGGUACAACUCGACGGUGCAGCAACGGGCGACAAGGAUAAGAUACUCGUCCUAGGAGCGACAAAUCGUCCAUAUGAACUCGAUGAGGCAGCACGUCGACGACUCGUUAAACGUCUUUAUAUUCCCCUACCCGAACUCGAGGCACGCGUACAAAUUGUCGAUAAUCUUUUAAAAAAUGAACGACACGAACUUACAAAUGAGGACAUUGAGGAAAUUGGUCGACUCGCCGAUGGCUAUUCAGGAGCUGAUGUGACAAAUCUUUGUAAGGAGGCGAGUAUGGGACCAAUACGAAGUGUUCCAAUUGAUCAAAUGGAAAAUAUUCGACCUGACGAUAUAAGAAAAAUUACCAUUGAUGAUUUUAAGAAAGCUCUAACUUUUGUUCGUCCCAGUGUAUCGCAAGCUGAUCUCGCCGUUUAUCUCGAUUGGGAUAAAACUUAUGGUUCAGGAACGGCUCAAAAUACGUAAAUUUGUAUUUUUUUUUUAAAUAAAGACUAAACUAUUGAGUAUUAUUUUUUUACCCGUUGCCUAGAGAGCAAAUAAAAGAAUUUUGUAAUAAA